AUGGCCAUCGCAAAUUACAGUUGCCAUUUCAGCCGAAUUGGCAAUUUUUUUGCGGACAACGGAAGCCCUCGUGAUGCUGAAGCACUUCUUAAUCCAACACCAUAUGUAUCAGAUGCUGUCAACGAGGUUGUCACGGAAAUUUUGAUUCAUCGAAGGACGGAGGAAACAGAUGCUGAUCAGUUGAUGGCAGAAGUGAACAAUGCUGAACAACCGAGAGAUGAACAUCAGACAAUUCAGCAACAAACACAUGGAAUGGAAGUUGAACAAGAAGCAGACGAACGUGAACGAAUAACGUAUGGAUCUCAACAAUCAAGAGGUGAAUCUCAACCAAUUCAACAGUCACAAGAUAGAACUCAUCAAAUUCACCAAUCAAGGGAUAACACUCUACAAGUUCAACAAUCAGGAGAUGAAUCUCAACCAAUUCAACACUCACAAGAUAAAACUCAAGAAAUUCAACAAUCAGGAGAGGAACCUCAUCAAAUUCAACGAUCAGGAGAGGAAUCUCAUCAAAUUGAACGAUCAGGAGAGCAAACUCAACAAGUUCAAGAGUCAAGUGAUGAAUUCGGAGAAAUUUUGAAGGAACUUGACUCAGCUAUUGAAGAAGAAUUUGUCAAUUCAAUUGCUGUAGAAUUCGACUUAUUCGCCAGGAACACGUUAGCAUUAGCUGAAAAAAGAACUGAAAAGAAACGUGUGACACGAAGAAGGCAAGUUGAGAGUAAAGAGCAAGAAGAUGCGUGGUCGUCGGCUUUGGAGAAUAUGGACGUUAUGAUGGCACUUUUAUCCGAAUAUUGCGGUUUGAAUGCGAAUGAGAAGAUAUCGGCAGAGUGGUUUAUCGAUGCUCUCAAUUUAUAUCGUUAUAUGUGUGCAGAUCAGAAAGAUGACGAAAGAAUUGAGGAAUCAUCGACUGGAUCUGUGCAAGCCGAUACUGAAGCUGGAGAGAGUGCUGACGUUGAUAUGCAAGUGCCCAGUGCCGUUCCAGUACCCUUGUCAAUUGGCCGUUCACUACAGUGGAACGCACGUUUGACUUACCCAAAGACAGGCGUUGCGCCAGUCUUUGCGCUGGAGUGUGGUGUGUGCAAACUGUGGACGACGUUACCACCGUUAGGUGUAUGCCAGCUUUGGAGCAAGACAGACUUUUCGCAUGAAAUCGCGGAUAUUUGCCCUAAAUGCCUAUCGAAUGACACCAUAUCGCAGAUGGAACUGGAUUGUUAUUUUUAUUUUACGGCCAAUGAGGAACCAUACGGCAGUGUUCUCAUAUUGGUUCCGCAUUCACUUGUGAAUUUUUAUAUCGGUGGAUUACCUCCAACAGCCGAAGAAAUUGUUAAAGCGAUCACGGGAGACAAGUCAAAGGAAGCACCGAAGAUGUUAGAGGAAGCUGCAUCAUCAUCCGUAAGGAUUAGUUUAAAUUCUCAGUUGACACUGAUUGAUGAUGUUGAUGUGUCGUCCGCAUACCGCCACUUUCAUCGGAAAUGCAUUUUCGGUGCUGUUCGUUCUGAUGGAUUAGCAGCUGCUGCAACUCAGGAUGGAAGUUCAAAUAGGUGGUUGGAGUUAUCAGAGAUAAGUCGAUCCAUAAGAAGAGUGAUGAUGGAAAAAUAUUCGAUUCGUUUAGAGGAAGUGUUGGUAAGGGGUUGCGGGCCGCACUUAAAGGUGUUCGAAGUAUCGUCGCUGCGCUCGAAACGCAAUCACAGAAAGUCACUGGCACGCAAAUAA